UCGUAGAGCAAAAGAGAUCAUUUGGAAACCGUGCGUGAUACAAACUCCACAUUUGUCAUUAAAAAAUUAUUAUUGGUUGUAGUCUAAUAUUUUAUACAGUUUGUGGCAUUGUGCCUUUACGCAAAAGAACAGCUCCUCUUCUGUGGUUUAUGCUGCCUGACUCGUAGGAAUCUUCACUGCCCACCGCUCAAGCCUCGCUCCCACUGAACUGAAUGACUUGUAGUGUGAAGGAAACCAAAAGGCAGCAGCAGCAGAAGCGCUGGCGUGCGUGCGGAGAGACGUACGGACGGCGCCUCAUCCAACCAGCGUGAGAGCUACGUUCAAACCAACCAAAUCAAAGUGACUGCGCCUGGACGUCUUUGCAGUUUGAAACUACACAUCUCCGUGCGUCUUCUUUUCUGGUGGAAAAAAGCGUGAGCGAACAGAUGAAUUCCACCGAGUUGUCCGCUUUUGAAAGCGAGGAGUUCUUUACGGGACGUGAAGAAGACAGGACUAUUUCGACUCGUAAAGAUGCUUUUAAGUGAUCUAAACUUUGCGGUGAAACGGGAGUUGUCCCUUUGAAUAACUAUCCUGGACAUUCCUCUGCCUGUGCGUAAUUCUUCUGUUAACGUGAAGUUUAAAGAACUGUCCUUUUGCCUGAGUUGAAGGAAUUAAACACAAGAGAAGAGAAAAAGCGUUCCAAGUGGAUUUAACCGCGUCGCUUCCCAAAUGAUGCCUGUCCGUUUUACUUGGAUUUACUGUCUACUGGCGUUUCUGCACUUUUCUUCAGGUUCUCGUCUGCGUCAAGAGGACUCCCCCCCUCGCAUCGUGGAGCACCCCUCUGACCUGAUUGUGUCCAAAGGGGAACCAGCCACCCUAAACUGUAAGGCAGAGGGACGCCCCACGCCCACAGUGGAAUGGUACAAAGACGGGGAGCGCGUGGAGACAGAUCGCGAGAACCCGCGCUCACAUCGAAUGCUGCUGCCCAGUGGCUCCCUCUUCUUCCUCCGCAUUGUCCACGGCCGACGUAGCAAACCUGAUGAUGGGGUCUACGUCUGUGUGGCACGCAACUACCUGGGCCAGGCUAUCAGCCACAAUGCUUCUCUAGAAGUAGCAAUUCUACGAGAUGACUUCAGACAAAACCCAGUGGAUGUGAUGGUUGCUGUGGGUGAGCCUGCGGUGCUGGAGUGUCAGCCCCCACGUGGACACCCUGAACCCACCAUCUCCUGGAGGAAAGAUGGCUCCAGUUUGGACGAUAGGGAUGAACGCAUCACGAUCCGCAGUGGGAAGCUCAUGAUCACCAACACAAGGAAGAGUGAUGCUGGCAAAUACGUGUGUGUCGGGACCAACAUGGUGGGGGAGCGGGAGAGUGAGAUCGCUGAACUCACUGUUUUAGAGAGACCGACCUUUGUGAAACGCCCUAACAACGUGGUGGUGCUGGCGGACGAGAGUGUGGAGUUUCAGUGUGUGGUUCAAGGAGACCCUGUUCCCACCGUGCGCUGGAGGAAAGAUGAUUCUGACUUGCCUAAGGGCAGAUUUGAAAUCCUAGAGGACCAUACCUUGAUUGUUCGGCAGGUGACCUCUUUGGAUGAGGGCUCGUAUACAUGCGUGGUGGAGAACAUGGUGGGCAAGUCGGAAGCAUCGGCCACGCUCACCGUACAUGUAAACACGGUGCCCCCUGCUUUUGCGAUCCGUCCCAGGAACCAGGUGGUGGCGGUGGGCAGGACAGUCACCUUCCAGUGCGAAGCCACAGGCAACCCCCAGCCUGCAAUCUUCUGGCAGAGGGAGGGCAGUGAGAGUCUCUUGUUCUCGUACCAGCCGCCACAGCCAUUUAGCCGCCUGUCUGUGUCCCAGGUGGGCAGUUUGACUAUUACCGAUGUCCAGAGAUCAGACAGUGGCUACUACAGCUGCCAGGCCCUUAACAUCGCUGGAAGUGUGAUAACCAAAGCACUGCUGGAGGUCACUGACUCGGGCUCAGACCACCCUCCCCCUGUGAUAAGGCAGGGUCCUCUCAAUCAGACAGCGGCCGUGGACAGUACAGUGGUGCUGCGCUGUCAGACCAGUGGGACUCCUCCUCCUUCAGUCCAGUGGAAGAAGGAUGGGGUCCUGGUGUCUCCGGUGGACUCGCGCAUGUCCCUGGCGGACACAGGGUCUCUGGAGAUCCGCUAUGCCAAGCUCGGAGACACAGGCCUCUACACUUGUGUUGCAACCAGUCCCAGUGGAGAGGCAACCUGGAAUGCACAUUUACAAGUCGAAGAAUUUGGGGUUCCAGUUCACAGCAGCCCCCCCUCAGACCCCAGCCUCCUCCCCAGUGCCCCCUCUAAACCUGAAGUGAUCGAGAUCAGCCGCAACUCUGUGUCCCUCACUUGGAAAUCCCCUGGCCUUUCCCCCACAUCCUACAUUAUUGAGGCCUUUAGCAACACCUUAGGCAACAGAUGGGUGACUGUUGCAGAGCAUGUGAAGACACAGAGCUAUGUCUUGAAGAACCUGAAGCCUGGGGCCAUCUACCUCUUCAUGGUCCGAGCUCUGAAUGCUUAUGGCCUCAGUGACCCCAGUCCCAUAUCUGACUCAAUAAGGACACAAGACGGCAGCUCUACAAUCCUGGGCGUGGAUCACCGGCACAUACAGAGGGAGCUGGGAGAUGUAGUGAUCCACCUGCACACCCCAACUGUGCUGUCGUCCUCCUCUGUCAGGCUGCAGUGGAUGGUGGAGCAGCCUUCACUUUACAUCCAGGGAUAUAAAGUACUGUACAGACCCUCAGCAGAGCAUGGGCAGCCGGACAGUCAGUGGAGUGUCCUGGAGGUCCGGGCGCUGCAGGAGGACGGAGUGGUCAUCUCACAGCUGAAAAAAGCAUCCAUUUAUGAGUUUAAAGUGCGCCCGUUUUUUGAUGAGUUCCAAGGAGCCGACAGUGAUGUGAAAGUGGUCAAGACAUUACAAGAAGCCCCGAGUCGAGCACCCCAGGGUGUUACUGUAACAAAGACUGAUGCCAACGGGACUGCCAUCCUUGUUGCCUGGAAACCGCCCCCACAACAGGAAGAAACCGGACUCAUUCAAGAAUACAAGAUUUGGUGCUUGGGUAAUGAGAGCCGCUAUCAUGUGAACCAGUCGGUGGAUGGAUCAACUCACUCUGUGCUUAUUUCAAGUUUGGCCCCUGGAAUCCGUUACAGUGUUGAAGUAGCAGCGAGCAAUGGAGCGGGCCCUGGAGCCAAAAGUGAUGUUACGUUCUUCCAACUUGACUCUGCUGGUCAGAUGAUGGACAUCACAGAAGCCAGGGACACUCUGUCUCAGAUUUCUGAUGUGGUGAGGCAGCCAGCCUUUAUCGCUGGCAUUGGCGCCACCUGCUGGCUCAUCCUGAUGAUUUUCAGCGUGUGGCUUUACCGACACCGGAAGAAGAGAAGUGGCCUCAGCAGCACAUACACAGGAAUAAGAAAAGUGCCAUCUUUUACAUUCACUCCUACAGUUGCCUAUCAAAGGGGGGAGUCUGUAUGCAGUGCUGGCAGGCCUGGCCUCCUCGGCAUGGGAGAGCCCCUCAACCAUCUGUGGCUGCCUGAAAACUGGCCAAACGCCUGUGCCAAUCACAAAGACUGUAGCAUCAACUGCUGCAACAACGGCAAUGGCACCAGUGACAGCAACAUGACAACCUACAGCCGGCCAGCCGACUGCAUUGCAAACUACGGCAACCAUCCAGACGCCAAGCAACUUGGAUCGGAGAUGCCCAUUUACAGCGAUGUCAAUUUAGCCAACAAGCUAAAUGACAUAAAAGCAUUCAGUAACUCAAGUUUGUGCUUUGCGAGUCCAACCGGAUCUGCCACCUAUGAGCCAAUCCCCUAUGCAACUACACAGCUCAUCCAGUCUAACAUUAAGAAUAAACCAGCCAUGGGGGGCGCUAUAGGGGAACCAGUGGAUAUGCCGUGCUGGAAACCUCCUAACCCCCCUCCUAUUCCCAAAGAGAUUGCAGCACAAAUGCAGUACAACAUCAUGGCUCAGAAUAUGCUCAAUAAAGAACAUCAUUCAGGCGGUGAAUUAAUCCACCCCAAAACCAUCCCGUAUAAUCGGAGCUUGGACAACAACACUGUGAGCUCCCACCACAGCUCAGACAGAGGCAGCAGUGGCACUUCAGGAAGUCAAAAUCAAAAAAAGGCCGGACGUGUUCAGAAGAUGCCAAAACAUAAUGCAGUGAGCUGGGGAGAGGCAGCAUCCCCUCCUAAUGCAUGGGACUGUGAUGACUACAGUCUGCCCUUGGAAAACAGUUAUAACCCUGAGGACAGAGCAGAGAGCUGCCCCACUCCUCCAGUGAGGGGCCCGGCCUCGUCUCAUUCUGAAGGAUCACUACCAAUCACCUCCCUGCACAAUGGAAAUGAACAGCAGAGCCUUGACACUGAUGGUCAAGAGGAAGAUGAGGAGGAGUUAGAAGAGGAGGAAGAGGAAGCAGAGCCCACAGAGGCGGUUUACAGCCCACACCACGGUCAACAGCACCCUAAGGCCCACAGAGCCCACUCUUCUCCGUUCAAACUUCUGCACCCAGGGCUGGAGCAAACUCCGGCCUCCAGCACCGGAGAGCUGGACCGCUCCGUGACGGGCUCCAUGGUGAACAGCUGGGGCUCAGCCUCAGAGGACAACAUCUCCUCAGGCCGCUCCAGUAUCGUCAGCACGUCUGAGGGAUCAUUCUUCACAGACGGGGAUUUCAACCAGCCGCUGCCUUCCAACAGGGAUUUACUGGGACUACGAAUGUGCAGAUAUACAGAGGACACAGGUGGGAGGCUGCCACGGCCCAGCAGUCCCCUGUCCACCGACAGCAACAUGAGUCCUGCUGUUACACAUAAGAGACCCCGCAGACAUAAACACAACCAGUCUGCUCACGGCUGCCAUCCCAAAGACGUCUUCAGUGACGACACAUGCAUGCCUCUCUCCUUCACCAGCCCGGUGUCCCAUGAGGACUACAGGGUUAGGGGGGCCACACUGCCGCGCAUGGGCUCUGGAGAGGCUCGGGGCAGACGAGGCAGUGCAGGCCCGCAGAGGAUCAGAGAGGGGAUCUUUGAACAGAGCGAGGGACAAGAAAAGCACAAAACCACAACAGGAGCUAAAGGAAGCAGCAAAAACCGACAGCACUCAGAAUUUGGGGAUGUGCCUCUGUACAGUCGCCCCACGUUCCCAUUAGGUCAGACACACCGGUCUGAGUCUGACAAGAAAUCAUCCAGUUUUAUGAAUGAAGAAUCACGGACCAAACAGGGAGGGGAUGUGUCGGCAACAACGCAGGCUGGAAGCUCCUGAAAAGAUGAGAGGAAAAAGAAGAGGAAAAUUGAUUCUGUCAUUGCUUCAGAUGCAGGACAUUUAUGGCACAGAAAAAAAGGACUGUAAAAGAAACUGCACAAAACCUGCUUUUUUAUUUGUCAUUAGGUGUUGGAAAAAAAGAGGCUGAUCUGUGGACUUGGAGUUGUUAUCUCUUUUGGUGCACAUGACUGCCGAAGUGAGCUGAAUGCACUGUGGUCACGGUCCCACUCACGUUGUCAUGACGACUGCCGGAUGCAGAUGUGUGCUCUUUGCUUGUCGGUUGUCUUGUUCUUUUACUGUAAGUGAUAUUCAGUCAUUACCAGCCAUCUUGUAAAUUGUUUACUGCCACAGAAGUGCUUCAAAAAUCAAAUUUUAUAUAAGUGUUAAUGUUUUAUAAAGUGAUGUACAUCUUGUCUUCUAAUUAUUUGUCCUACUUGGGUUAUAAAAGCACAAUCACUUAAUUUUAUUCUAUGUUGUUACUGUAUAGACUGGCGAAAAUCCGUCUUUGGAGUUAAAUCAUUUUAUCUCUUCAAUUGAGGCGGAUAAAAUAUUGUAUGUUUGGUCAAGUACAUCUGAGCUGCUUUCAUUCAGAUUGGAAAUAUCUAUUGUGUGUAAUAUGAGAGAGUUGCAUGCGGAUUCACCUGUAGGAGAUUUUACUGGAUUUGGGCUACUUUGUCCUCCAUUUGGGAAGAUGAAUAGUCCGGGCAUGGACUGGUUCCAUUUAUUCUUUUUCUCUGAUGAGUCCAUUUCAUUAAGCCCAAUGUUUUCUUGACCUUGGCUGUAACUUCUAGAGUAGGGCUGGACAAUAAACCAAAGCCUUUCAGUUACCAGCUAUGAAUUUUAAUACCCCACUUGCCCAACAAUGCUUCUAGCCUUCAAUAUAAUACAUGUUAUGAAUCUGACAUUGUUCAGGGUGAAGCACUCUCAAAGGAGUUCAAAUUGGACCUAAACCUAUAUAUUUAUUCCAUUUUGGUCCUAUUGUCCAUCCCUAUUCUUUGAGCUAUUUAUUAAGCAGAUACUAUGUCACCUUACCUUCUCUGUUUAAAUAAAUACUGCUGUUCUUAAAACCA